AACCUAAAAAUAUAAGCAAAACAAUUUUUGCUUCCAUUCUUUAUAAUCUCUUGCAAAAGGAAAUUGAUCCUCAAGGAAGGGAAAAAUGGAGCUACAUAAAUGGCCUUUCUUGCUUUGAGAUUUACUCAUAAUUUUCUAACAACUCCUUCCAAAUCCAUUGCCACUCGAACUAAUCAUCAUAUUUAACCACUACUUGAUCUAAAUUUCCUAGUGGGGAAUUCAUUUUUGUACUUACAUAGUUCAGGUACCCUCUCCAUUUCAGGCAUUGUUGUUUUUUCCUAACGUUAUUACUCAAGGGAUAUGGAUGUUUGGAGUCUUCAAAAGUUGGUGAAGACAGCACCAUCUAAAGCAUUGGUCAUCAGAAUCAACUUGGUCUGUCUUGCCAUCUUUCUGGUCGUCUAUGCAACCUUUCUUCUCCGUCCAUCUUCAUCCGUCUAUUUCGAGAAUGCAGCCUCCCUUGUCCGGUGCUCCUUGCGUGAGUGCCAUCACAAGGGAGAAAAAAGCAUAAAGAUGAAAGCAGUGUUGGAGAGGAAUGAAGAUAGGAGGGCAAAGCAGAACGCGAGUAAGAUAGAAGUGCCUAGUUUCUUUGGCGAAAUGGGGAAAGGAAUGAAGAUAGGAAUGGUGAACAUGCAAGAAGAUGAUGUGAGUGAAUGGAGCACCCUUGGAGAAACAAGCCACGUUUAUUUCGAGAAAGUGUCACAGUUUUUCAAUUGGACAGAUUUAUUUCCCGAAUGGAUAGAUGAAGAGGAAGAGACCGAUGUUCCAUCGUGCCCCGAGAUACCAAUGCCGGAAUUCACAGCAUAUGAAGGCAUGGACGUGAUCGUGGCCAAGUUGCCUUGCAAUUACCCAAAGGAAGGGUGGGGAAGAAACGUUUUCAGGUUACAAGUUCAUCUUAUUGUGGCAAAUUUGGCAGUGAAGAAGGGGAAGAGGGAUUGGAAUUGGAAGACGAAAGUGGUUUUGUGGAGCAAGUGUAGGCCAAUGCUGGAGCUGUUUCGAUGCAACGAUUUGGUUAAGCAGGAAAAUGAGUGGUGGUAUUAUGAGGUUGAUGCAAUGAGGUUGGAGCAGAAAGUUUCUUUGCCUGUUGGGUCCUGCAAUUUGGCUCUGCCUCUAUGGGAACAAGGAAUCGACAAGGUGUACGACACGUGGAACCUGGAACAAAGCGUUAAAAGCGAAGCGCGAGCAAAACGUGAGGCCUAUGCAACAGUGCUCCACUCCUCAGAAGGCUACGUGUGCGGCGCAAUAACGCUAGCACAAACCCUGCUCCAAACCGGAACCAAGCGUGACCUAAUCCUCCUCCUGGACACCUCCAUCUCCGUCGCGAAACGCCGCGCCCUCGAACUCUCCGGCUGGAAGAUCCGACUCAUAACCCGGAUCCGAAAUCCGCGGGCCGAGAAUGGCACCUACAACGAGUACAACUACAGCAAGUUCCGACUCUGGCAGCUCACGGAUUAUGAGAGAGUGAUCUUCAUUGAUGCUGACAUCAUCGUCCUCCGCAACCUUGAUAUUCUCUUCCACUUCCCACAGAUGUCCGCUACUGGUAACGACCAGUCCAUCUUCAACUCCGGCAUCAUGGUACUCGAGCCCUCCAACUGCACAUUCCACGUUCUCAUGUCGCGCCGCCACGAUGUCAUCUCCUACAACGGUGGCGACCAGGGUUUCCUGAAUGAGAUCUUCAUGUGGUGGCACAGGCUUCCGCGACGGGUGAACUACUUAAAGAACUUUUGGGCCAACACGACAAUAGAGGCAGGUAGGAAAAAUGCAAUGUUCGGGGCGGAGCCGCCGAAGCUCUACGCGAUUCACUAUCUAGGGCUAAAGCCAUGGCAUUGUUAUAGGGACUACGACUGCAACUGGGAUGUGGAGGAUCAGAGAGUGUACGCGAGCGACGUGGCACAUCGACGGUGGUGGAAGGUGCACGAUGCUAUGGACGAGAACUUGCAAAAGCUGUGUAGGUUAACGAGGCAACGAAGAAUGGAGUUGAACUGGGAAAGGAGAAAGGCUGGGAAAUUAGGGUUGCCAGAUAUGCAUUGGAAGAUCAAUGUCACGGAUCCCAGAAGAGCUGGCUCGAUGUUGAUUGGUUAGGUUAAUUAGGUUCUAGUUGUUGUACAAUUACACCACAUUCUUUUUUCUUUUUUUUUUUUUGGAUUUGGGGUAUUUGUUUUUGUUUUAAUUCAUGAUUUUACGUACUGAGACAUUUGUGGAGGGGCUUUCCAUGCGGUUUAUUUAUUUCUGUGAAUAGGGUAGAGCAUUAGAUGGUUAGUCAAUUAAGGAAACGGGAAUAAUAAAAAGAAAUUCAUUACAGUUUUUGUCGA